AUGCCUCACGGCGGCUUCUCCGGCAGCCUGACGUCACCAGAAUUCGACUUCGCCGUGGACAUGGGCCAUCCUUUGCUCAACCGCACCGUCGACGGCUUCAUCAGGAUCGGCGCCGUUGGUGGUUGCAAGGUCGCCGCCGAGGAAACCUUCGAGUGCCUCCAAAGAGGUUAG